AUGAUGCAACAUCUAACACAACCAGUGACAACAGACAGGAGUAGGAGGGAGCAUUACCAGGGCCAACACGAGGACAUCAAGAUUAUGCAAGGAAAUGUUGAUAGAGGCUCAAAUGCGGUGGAUAUGUUAUAUAAGAUGGCCGAAGAACAUGGGGCGGAUAUUGUCCUGGUAGCAGAGCCAAACCGGAAGAAAUUGAAAGGUAGGAAAUGGAUUCACGACCAAAAUAUGGACGCAGCGAUUUAUGUCCCAGGAGUCCAGAUCAAGAUCCUGCAACAUGGUGCAGGGACAUUGCAUAACCUCAGGGAAGAUAUGAAAAAACAAAAGAAAGAGAUGGUCAUUGGAGGAGACUUCAACGCUAAAUCCUUUCUGUGGAGCCCUAAACCAGAAGAUAGGAGAGGGGAAUUACUAUCAGAAUGGUUGGCUGAAGAGAACCUCAUUGUACACAAUAGAGGCAGUGUACCAACCUUUAUCAGGGGAAGCAGUGAGUCAUAUAUUGACAUAACAUUUAGCACCCAAAAGAUAGCCAGACAAGUCAUAAAUUGGAAAGUCCUUGAAGAAGAAAACCUGAGUCUCCAUCAGCAUAUCCUGUAUACAAUCACUGGAAGCAAUUGGACCGAGCUCCAGAAACCCAAUACAGCACAGCGCUGGGUAAUAAAUAAAGAAAGGCUUACCGAUCUGUCUCUGGAAGUAGGCAGACAACUCAGGAAUAACCAUAACAAUCUGAGAUCAGCAGAGCAUUUUACGGCAACAAAUGCGUGCGAUAAGACCUUUGUAAGGAAACGCAGCAGCGCAAGAAGACCGGUGUACUGGUGGACAGCAGAAGUGACAGAAGCGAGGAAAAAAUGCAUUGAAAAGAAACCAGGUCAGGAUAAGAAGUAUAGACCCAUAUGCUUAAUCAAUGUAGCUGGUAAGCUACUGGAACAUUUGCUGGUAAAACGUCUCAAGGAAGAAAUUGAAAGGACUGGCGGACUGGCAGACGAACAGCAUGGGUUUCGGGAAAAGAGAUCAACUAUCAGUGCUUUGAGAAGGAUACGAGAAAAGAUAGACGAAGUAAAACAGACACCGUGGGGAAGGAGGAAGUUAUGUGCUCUUGUCACGGUAGACGUCGAAAAUGCCUUCAACACGGCACCAUGGUGUGGUAUAUUGGAAGAGCUUCGAAAUCGUAACAUAGCCCCUUAUCUGUAUAACAUCAUAGCAAGCUACUUCGAAGAUAGGCGUAAUAGGUCCAACCCUAUGGAAUGUGUAUUACAACGGUGUAUUCCGAAUUCCUGUUCCAAAUGGUAUUACCCUUGUCGGAUAUGCUGA